UUCACACCCCUUGGCAGUGGGUCUAGGUAGUAGUAAGUUAGUAACACUCCAAAACACAUCACAAACCACAACCUACCAACAUGGUUACCACCACCGAACUCUUUCUCCUCACUUUUGCUCUCCUCAUUCACACCACAUUCUUCUCCUCCUCGGUCUCCGCCGUGGGCGUGAACUACGGCACCCUCGGAAACAACCUCCCCUCGCCGAAAAAAGUGGCGGAGCUCCUCCAAUCCACCCUCAUCAACAAGAUCAAAAUUUACGACACCAACCCCGAAAUCCUCCAAGCCUUCUCCAACACCGGCAUUGACCUCAUCGUCGCCGUCGAGAACUCCCGCGUCUCCAACAUCAGCUCCGACACCUCCGCCGCCGACCAAUGGCUCUCCACCCGCCUCCUCCCCUUCAUCCCCGCCACCUCCGUCGUCGCCAUUGCCGUCGGUAAUGAGUACUUAACCACUUCAGACGAAGGCUUUUCCCCCGAUCCCGAUGUCCUCAUCCGCGCCAUGCGCAAUCUCCACUCCGUCCUCCUCGCCCGUGGCCUCGACCGGAAGAUCAAAGUCACAACUCCCCACAGCAUGGCCGUCCUCUCCUCCUCCUUCCCUCCUUCCUCCGCCACUUUCGCUCCAAACCUCGCCGAUACCAUUUCCGCUAUUCUCCAAUUCUUGGUUGACACUCGCUCACGGUUCAUGAUCAACGCCUAUCCCUACUUCGCCUACCGGGACAACCCCGAGACCGUGAACUUACAGUACGCUUUACUGGGAAACUCUUCGACUACCGUGAAGGACCCGAAGGGAUACGUGUACACGAACAUGUUAGACGCACAAAUGGACGCUGUAAGAUCGGCGAUAAACUCUCUAGGAUUCGGGAACAGGUCGACCGUGAAAAUAACCGUGUCGGAAUCCGGUUGGCCAUCAAAAGGAGACGUCGGGGACAUCGCGGCGACGAAAGAGAACGCGAAGGUCUACAACAGUAGACUGAUCCAGCGCGCUCAGUCGAACAAAGGGACGCCGAUGAGACCGAGGGACAACAUCGAGAUAUUCGUGUUCUCGUUGUUCAAUGAGAACAAGAAGAAAGGCGGCGAGACGGAGCGGAAUUUCGGGAUGUUCAACGGGGACGGGUCGAAGGUUUAUGAGGUGGAUUUGAGAUGCGACUUUUGCGGAGGGACGACGACGACGUCGUUCGGGUUCGGAGAGAAGGACCAGAGGAAUGGCGGCGGAGGAGGAGGAGCGAGGGCGGGGCCGUCGGUGUGGUGCGUGGCGAAGCCGCAUGCGGCGGAGGAGGUGCUGCAGGAGGUGGUGGACUUCUGCUGUGGUGCAGGGGGAGUGGACUGUAGGGAGACAUAUAGUGAGAGUGGGGAUUGUUUUGAGCCAAACAAGCUUUUGGCUCAUGCAUCUUAUGCUAUGAAUUCUUACUACCAAAUGCAUGGAAGGAACUAUUGGAAUUGUGACUUCAAGGGCACUGGUCUUGUUACUUUCACUGAUCCAAGUUAUGGGGCUUGCCGGUAUCCCCAACAGUGAUGUGCUAAUGGGAAUGAAAUGAUCAGUUUGAGAGAUCUCUCAUUUCUUAAUGUUGUUGUUGUAUGUUAUUUGGAUUAUAAGUAGUGUACUAAGAUGAUUUGGAAUUCAGGAAUUCAGUGUUUCAUGUAUUAAUGUGAAAAACAUUUUAAGCAGCUGCUUGGGAAACUUGAU